AUGUUUCCAGAGGCUCCCGUGACAGAAGCCCCACCACAAACCAGUGCCUCAGAUGAGCUCAGACUUGAGUGUGACUCAUGGAAGUGCGUCGGGGCUGCCAGGCCUCAGACAACAGAUUAUAAUCGACUCCUUCACGGGCUGCUGUGCACGUGGGGCCUCCUCCUGGAAGCGCUUUGUCCCCCCGGCCUGGUUGCCAGGGGCAGCCAGAGAGCUCAGGUGCGGCUCAGGCCCCUCAGAGACCAGCUGGCAGAUGGACGCCAGACGCCGUCGGGGCCUCCCGUGGCCACCGCCGCUUCACCUGACAGGAACGACGAUCUUAAGAAACCUCCCCUCCUGUGUCCCUCAACAGAUGCAAAGGAGGGGGCCCUGUCACUAUUUGGGAGAGAGGCACAGAGGCAGCCACGCCUAGAUUCCAGAGUGUGGGUGGACGGGUGCCAUCCAUACUUCAGUAGUGCCAGCCGGCAGGACCCAGCCCCAGGCCGCAACUCCACCCCUCCUUGCGAGGGGCUCAGGGUUUUCCUACCAGAGAAUGUUGAUGAAGAAACUGAGGGUGAGACUAAGGACAAGCUUCUUGGGGUGCCCGGCUGCUGCCUACAGACAGACACCUACAAUCAGGCUUCAUCAGAAACUAGCCAGCAGAGAGUCUGA